AUGCCACACAUCCGUAUAUGUGAUCCCAAAGUCAUCAAGGGAUUUAUCCAUGAGAAGAAGAUCUCUGCGGCCAAAGAAGGAAACUGGAAUAAGGGAAUCGGAACUGGAAACAAAGUUAUAAGUUUUGAAGUAUUUGUUGUCCUUCAGAAAGCUCUUCAUACUCAUAACCAUCCACAGUUUCACUCCCCACUUGCAUGUAGCCAGGGGUUUUAUGGAUUUAUCAAAGAUGCAACAAAAGCACCAACUUAUGCUCGCUUCGACUACAUAGUCAUCGGAGGAGGAACCUCCGGUUGUGCAUUAGCCGCAACACUCUCUGAAAAUGCCAGUGUUUUAGUUCUCGAACGUGGCGGCUCUCCGUAUGAAAAUCCAACGGGGACAGACCUCGGAAACAUCACACCGAGCUCGUGGUCACAACCUUUCGCCUCCGAAGACGGCGUUGACAACAGACGGCCACGUGUCCUCGGUGGAGGCACGGUGAUAAACGGUGGAUUCUACACGCGUGCGGGAGAUGGUUACGUAGCAGAGGCUAAGUGGGAGAUGGAGGAAGUAGAAGCUGCUUACGAGUGGGUCGAGAAGAAACUUGUGUUUGAGCCACGAGUGCUGGGAUGGCAAUCUGCGUUUACAAAUGGGCUUUUGGAAGCUGGUGUGUUGCCGUACAACGGUUUCACGUACGACCAUAUCAACGGGACGAAGAUCGGCGGUACGAUCUUCGACCCAACUGGCCACAGACACUCGGCCGCGGAUUUGUUGUAUAACGCUAAUCCGGACAUGAUUGUUGUCUACGUGAACGCUACUGUUCAUAAGAUCCUCUUCACUACCGAAGGAGACCAAAGACCUAAAGCACAUGGAGUGAUAUAUCAAGACGCGGAUGGAGUGUUCCACAAGGCAGAGCUUGCAGAAAAUGUAAUGAAUGAGGUGAUUUUAUCAGCAGGAGCUAUCGGGAGCCCCCAUCUGUUGAUGCUGAGUGGUGUGGGUCCUAAGGCUGAGCUUGAGGCCCAUGGGGUAAAUCUUGUGGUCCUAGAUCAUCCCAUGGUUGGAAAAGGGAUGGGAGAUAAUCCGAUGAACAAGGUUAUCAUCCCUUCUCCUCUACUCGUAGAAGUGGCUCCACCAUCGACUGUUGGGAUCACCGAGUUUGGUAGUUUCAUUGAAGGCUCCGCAUUAGAUGCAGGACCCACCGUCCAAUCAAUCCCACCAUCAAAUGACGGUUUGAUUCUUCAGAAAGUCGAUGGACCGGUCUCAAGAGGUUACUUGGAGCUUAGGAACACAAAUGUAGAUGAUAACCCUUAUGUUACAUUUAAUUACUAUCAAGAGCCUGAGGAUCUUGAGAAAUGUGUUAAAGGACUUGAAAUCGUUAUUGAAGUGAUAAACUCAGAGGCUUUCUCCAAAUACAAGUAUCCAAAUGUGACAGCACUUGACCUGCUCAUGACGAGCCUUCCCAUCAAUCUGAGACCAAGUCAUGAGACCGCAAUGCUCAACUUGACGCAGUUUUGCUUCGAUACCGUGAGGACUGUUUAUCAUUACCAUGGAGGUUGCCAAGUUGGAAGAGUGGUCGACAAGAAUUACAAAGUCUUUGGCAUUAAUGCCUUAAGGGUUAUCGAUGGAUCCACGUUUCUCAAGUCUCCGGGGACUAAUCCUCAAGCUACUGUCAUGAUGCUGGGAAGGUACAUGGGGCAGAAGAUUCUUCAAGAGAAAGCUGCUUUCGGGGGAAAUAAUGAAGAUUAUUCGAUCAUUGAAGAAGAGACCAAUAUAUGUUUUGCAUCGUCAAAAUAA